GAAGACCUUAUAGGCUAUCUCCAGUCGCAAAUUACCCCAAUUAUCUGCUCAGACCUUCGUCAUUCCCUGAAUUGUCAUCAUCUCCUUAGGAUUUCAUAAAAGUAGAAUACAUGGCCAAUACUCCUCACGGUGGCGUUCUCAAGGAUCUCCAUGCUCGUGACGAGCGCAUACAGCAACAAUUGAAGGAGGAGGCCUUUGGUCUAUCUGAUAUCAGGCUCACCGAGCGUCAAUUAUGUGAUCUUGAACUUGUUUUGAAUGGAGGUUUUAGCCCUCUAGAAGGAUUCAUGAAUGAGGCUGAUUAUACCAGCGUCGUCGAUACCCUCCGUCUCACAAGCGGUCAUCUCUUCCCCAUGCCCAUCACCCUCGACGUCUCGCAAGAUGACAUCGACCGACUAUCAUUAAAGGCCGGUGCCCGUGUGGCCCUUCGCGAUCCCCGUGACGAUGAAGCGCUCGCUAUUCUGACAAUCGAUGAUAUAUACCGUCCAGACAAGGUCAAAGAGGCUAUUAACGUUCUUGGUGCCGAUGAUCCCGCACACCCUUCUGUGGCGUACCUUCGCAGCCGAGUCAAGGAAUUCUACAUCGGUGGAAAAGUACAGGCUAUUCAGCCACCAGUUUACUUCGACUAUGUCCCUCUCCGUUACACCCCAGCCGAACUCCGUGCACACUUUAAGAAACUCGCGUGGCGCAAAGUCGUCGCUUUCCAGACCCGAAACCCCAUGCAUCGCGCUCAUCGCGAGCUGACCGUUCGUGCGGCACGUCAACGUCAAGCAAAUGUCCUCAUCCACCCUGUCGUCGGGAUGACGAAGCCGGGAGAUGUUGACCAUUAUACUCGGGUGCGAGUGUAUGAGGCUAUUAUGGACUCAUACCCUCACGGAAUGGGUCACUUAGCACUCCUUCCUCUGGCUAUGCGUAUGGCUGGACCCAGAGAGGCGGUAUGGCACGCCAUCAUCCGAAAGAACUUUGGUGCCACGCACUUCAUCGUUGGCAGAGAUCACGCCGGUCCAGGAAAGAACUCGCAAGGAAAGGACUUCUACGGGCCCUAUGACGCUCAAGACUUGGUUACAAAGUAUCACGACGAGCUCGCGAUCGAGAUGGUGCCAUUCCAAAUGAUGACCUACCUUCCCUCGUCGGACGAAUAUCAACCUAUCGACGAGGUCCCGAAGGGCGUUCAGACCCUUGAUAUUUCGGGAACUGAGCUUCGUAGGAGGCUGAAGACGGGUGCUGCUAUCCCUGAUUGGUUCAGCUACGAGCGUGUUGUGAAGACCCUCCGAGAAAGCUACCCUCCACGAGCGAAGCAGGGUUUUGUCAUCCUAUUAACUGGAUUGUACAACUCCGGAAAAGACACCAUCGCCAGGGCACUCCAGACCGUCUUCAACCAACAAGGUGGCCGUAGCGUCUCCCUUUUGCUCGGUGAUACUGUCCAUCACGAGCUCUCACCAGAUCUCGGCCAUACAAAAGAAGAGCGUUCAGCCCACCUCCACCGCAUCGCCUUCGUCGCUGCCGAACUCGCUCGCGCGGGCGCAGCCGUCAUCGCCACCCCCACUGCUCCCUACCAAGAAGGCCGCGACGCUGCCCGCCACACUGUACUCUCCUCUGGCGGCUCUGGAGGUAACUUCUUCACCAUACACGUUUCGACUCCUCUUGAGCACUGCGAGAAGACAGAUCGGAGGAACGUGUAUUCGAGAGCGAGGAAGGGCGAGAUUACCGGGUUCCCGGGGGUGGAUGUGGAGUAUGAGGCUCCGGAUGCGAAGGAGGUAGAUUUGACGGUGGAUUUGACGAGUCAGACUGUGCCGGAAAUUGUUCACAGUGUGGUGUUGAUGUUAGAGUCACAGGGGUUGUUGUAGAUGGAUGGAUAGGUUUUCUAGAUGGUGUCUUGGAUGAGGGCAGGCGUGUUGUAGAGAUGUGUGCUGCAUAGCUAUCCUGGAAUAUGUACGUAGACAGAGGUAUUUUAUUGUGUUAAAUCUAGCAGGGUCCAGCAAAUUUAUAUCUUCGCUUUU